GCCGCCAUUAGCCCGUGAGCUGAGGCGGCCCGGCCCGGCUAUCCCCCCUCCCCGCGCCCCGGGGCUGCCCGGAGCCAGGCCCGGGCAUGGAGAGCGGGCCCGGCCCGUGCGGGGACAAGCCCCCCCGGAGGAGACGGAGCAGGGCCAGCACCAGCGCCCGGGCCAACCGCUCCCCCGCGGCGGAGACAGAGACGACCCCGGGCGGGACGGGAUCGGCCUCGGCCUCCUCCUGCAGCCGGUGGAGUCCUGUGCACAGGCACACCCCAAAGGGAGUUCCAUGUGGGGACAGAGUUCCAGCUGCAAGGUUUCGCCGCAUUUGCCAGGGGAAGGAGUCACACAAUGAAAGUGACAUCGGUGAAAACAUGUUGACAUCCCUUCAUAUUCUCAUGCCUUCAGCGCUUUGGAAAUCACUUUGGAAUGGUUUGAAGGACAAGAAGAAAUCAGUGCGGUGCACCAUACUACAGCUUCAUGCACCGUACCGACUAUAUCCUCUGCGACGAGGCAGCUCUUUCACAUUUCUAACUCCUGGGCCCCAGUGGGACUUCACUCUGAAAAGGAAGCGGCGAGAGAAAGAUGAUGAUGUUGUCAGUCUCUGCAGCCUUGAUUUUAAGGAGCCAAGUAAUAAGCGGAUUCGGCCUCUAGCUCGGGUCACAUCCUUGGCGAACUUGAUCUCCCCUGUAAGAAAUGGUGCAGUCCGGCGUUUUGGUCAGACAAUACAGUCAUUUGCCCUCCGUAGUGACAGCAAAUCCCCCAGCUGUUCCCAGAAGUCAUGUAGCAGAUCUGCUGCUCCAACACCUCCUAAAAGAAGAAACAGUGUCCUUUGGUCAGAGAGGUUAGAUGUCAACAUGAAAGAGACUCUGAGCACCAAAGAAAUUAAACGCCAAGAGGCAAUAUAUGAACUGUCCAGAGGAGAACAGGAUUUAAUUGAGGAUCUUAAGCUUGCCAGAAAGGCUUAUCAUGACCCCAUGUUGAAACUGUCCAUCAUGGCGGAGGAGGAACUUACACACAUAUUUGGGGACUUGGAUUCUUAUAUUCCUCUGCAUGAAGACUUCUUGGCAAGGCUAAGAGAAGCAACAAGACCUGAUGGAACAGUGGAGCAGAUAGGGCCCAUACUUGUGAAAUGGUUACCAGGACUCGAUGCCUACAAAGGUUACUGCAGUAACCAAUUGGCAGCCAAAGCUCUUCUGGAUCAGAAGAAGCAAGACCGUAGAGUCCAGGACUUCCUUCAGCGCUGUCUUGAAUCCCCUUUCAGUCGCAAGCUAGACCUCUGGAGCUUCCUAGAUAUUCCUCGAAGUCGGCUGGUGAAAUAUCCACUGCUCUUAAAAGAAAUUCUUAAACAUACUCCUAAAGAUCAUGCUGAUGUCCAGAUUUUGGAAGAAGCAAUCUCUAUAAUCCAAGGAGUCCUGUCUGAUAUCAACUUGAAGAAGGGAGAAUCAGAAUGUCAGUAUUACAUCGACAAGCUGGAAUAUCUGGAUGAGAAGCAGAAGGACCCUAGAAUCGAAGCCAGCAAAGUGUUACUGUGCCAUGGGGAGCUGAAGAAUAAGAAUGGGCAUAAACUGUACGUUUUCCUCUUCCAAGACAUCCUGGUUUUAACUCGGCCAGUCACUCGUAAUGAGCGUCACUCUUACCAGGUGUACAGACAACCAAUCCCAGUUCAGGAGCUGGUGCUGGAGGAUCUGCAGGAUGGCGAUGUGAAAAUGGGAGGGUCCUUCAGAGGGGCUUUUGGCAAUUCAGAUAAAGCUAAAAAUAUCUUCAGAGUUCGAUUCCAAGACUCCUCCUCCGGCCAAUCCCACACACUGCAGGCCAAUGAUAUCUUCCACAAGCAGCAGUGGUUUAAUUGUAUCAGAACGGCCAUCGCACCCUUCCAGCGGACUGCUGCUCCAGCAGACCUGAAAGAAUUGCCCGAGCUCAGUGAAGAGUCUGAAGAGAACAACCCAUCUGCUUCCAACGUCAAAGUCCAGAGGAGGCAGUCCGCUAUGUCUGGUAUAGUUCAGAUGGAACUAGACGAAAACACAUCAGAGUGUGGAUCCAUUAUGGACACGGAGGAAGCCAAGAGCGUGAAAACGCACCGAACGCAAUCUGGGCACAAAAGAACAAGAGAGAAGCCGUUAAGCAGCAAACGGAAAGAAACAUUAGUGUAAAAGGAGCCCAGGGAUUUCCUAGCAGAAGGACUGUUUAUUUAUAAAUAAUGUGUACAUUUUUCUUCUUGUAACGUGAGCAUAAUGGGAUUACUCUGCUGAAAUAAAUGUAUUUGUUUAAUGGCAGCUACUGGUAUGCAGUUAACACUGUUGAGCUGGAGUCUGUUUUUUGAAGAAGAUAUGGCAACCUUGAUUCAGAUUUUUAGUGUGAAAUAAACAAUUCAAAAGUUCUUGUGCUUUUGACUGUUAUUUAAUGGCAGACUUGAGGAGUAGACUUCAGUUUUCCAAAGCAGUGUUAUGGUACCGUAUUUGAAACUGGAAAACAUCAAGUAAUCUGUAUUGGCGAUAAUGUAAAUCUGCUCCCUUGAGGGAAAUCCAGCAAGUUUCAGGCUAUGCACCAGUCACAACUUUUGGAUCAAUGUUGCAAAAGAACUUUUAAAUUAGAACUUAAAUCUGAGCAAUUUUGUAUCCUUAUCCUUAUGAGACGCAUGUUUUGCAGUGUUU